GACAGCAUCAGCAGCUCGGGAGCUCAGAGAGCAGGGAAAUGGAGAUGGAUUGAGGAGUUGAGGAACAAACACACACCCCACUCACUGCUCAGCGACGGAAACCCAAGCCCAAGCGCAGCCAUGCAGGAGUCUCCAGGAUCUAUAGGUGUGGAUGGAGGCUACGCCAGCAAUGUGCCUGCUUUCCUCACCAAGCUGUGGACCCUGGUGGAGGACCCAGAGACCAACCAUCUCAUCUGCUGGAGCACCACUGGGACCAGCUUUCAUGUAUUUGACCAAGGCAGGUUUGCCAAGGAAGUUCUGCCCAAAUACUUCAAGCACAACAACAUGGCCAGCUUUGUACGCCAACUGAACAUGUAUGGCUUCAGGAAGGUGGUGAACAUUGAGCAGAGCGGGCUAGUGAAGCCAGAGAGAGACGAUACAGAAUUCCAGCACCUCUACUUCCUCCAAGGUCACGAGCAUCUGCUGGAACACAUUAAACGCAAGGUGUCCAUAGUGAAGAGUGAGGAGACAAAGGUCCGGCAGGAGGACUUGAGUAAACUUCUGUAUGAAGUGCAGGUGCUGCGCAGCCAACAAGAGAACAUGGAAUGCCAGAUGCAAGAUAUGAAACAGCAGAAUGAGGUGCUGUGGAGGGAGGUGGUAUCACUGAGGCAGAACCACACGCAGCAGCAGAAAGUGAUGAACAAGCUGAUUCAGUUCCUGUUCAGCCAGAUGCAGCCCAGCACCCCCAGCACUGUUGGAAUGAAGAGAAAACUGCCCCUUAUGUUGGAUGAUGGCUCCACCACUCCUCCUGCUUCCAAAUUCAGUCACAGUCAUUCCAUGGAACCAAUGCAGGAGCCCUUCUAUAUCCAGUCGCCAUCCACAGAGGCUGCCUCUUGUUCCACUAGCAGCACAAUGACAGGAGGACCAAUAAUCUCAGAUGUCACUGAGAUGUCACAGCCCACUGCUUUGGCUAUGCAAAUGCAGGCAGAUGAGUCGAGGGAGAAGUGUCUGAUGCUGAUUAAGGAGGAGCCGGUGAGUCCAGGUGUGCGUGGGCGAGGUGAGGGCAUGCCACUCGGCUCCUGUGAGGUGUGUGCUGAACCUCCCGUCCUCCCUGUUGCCAUGGUACAGUCCGUCCUGGAGGGUCGAGGAUCAGGCUCUGGCGAGAGAAGGGCCAAGAGGAGCAUGAUGGACAGACCAGAGAUGUCUGAUGCUGUGGAAAAUGUGGACAUGAGUCUGGAGGAACUACAGCUCCUUCUGAGGAGCCACCAGCAGGGUAUGGAGCCCAGCACUGCUGCUAUGGAUCCAUUCACUUUUAGCUUGCCUGUGAACGAGUGGAACUUCACGGAGAUGGAUCCGAAUCUCAAAACGGAGUUGGCUAACAUCCUCAUCCCUGCUGCUAUGUCCCAGUACAUGUUUCAAGGCCAGGAGGGAGAGGCCUACCCCACUGCUGGCUGUGAGGAACAGUGAGGGCCUGAUACUGCAGCCGGCACAGGCUAC